GUGCUGUGUGCUGCUUCUUCGUUUGUGGUGAAAGUAAUUGUGUCGUGUGUCGGUAACAAAUUGAAAUUAUUGUCGCAACAUAACAUUGUAAUUUCGUUAUUUAGGCUAUUACCAUUGUCAAUCUCAGUAUUUGUGCUCUAAAAGUUUUUAAGCUCAGCCAGCAUGUAUCGGGCACGUAGCGUGUUAAACAAUCUCGUCCCAUUCAUACCAAGUGCGGCAGGACCGGAGCGCUUUGCAUCAUGGCUGCUGGGCUCAGCACGCGCUCCUGCCUUGACACCUCGCACACGACACUACAACUCUCCAGCUGCAGCGGAGCCCUUCCUCAACGGCAGCAGCGGGGCUUACGUGGAGGAGAUGUACAACGCUUGGCUACAAGAUCCUAAGAGCGUACACGUGUCAUGGGACUCGUUCUUCCGUAGCAGCUCCGCAGGUGCCGCCCCAGGCCAGGCGUACCAGUCUCCUCCAAGCCUUGCCGAGCCCGCACGCAACACUGUGCCUCUGUCCGCCCUGGUACCUCAGUUCUCUGGGGGUAUGGCUGCGUCCGGUGGUCAGAUCAACGAGAAGAUCAUAGACGACCAUCUUGCAGUUCAAGCCAUCAUCCGAUCCUACCAGAUCAGAGGGCAUCACAUAGCCAAGCUGGACCCUCUGGGUAUCAACAGCGCAGACUUGGACGAUCGUCACCCACCGGAACUACUCUACAGCCAUUACUCUUUUGGCAAGAGAUGGCAAAACAUGACAUAUUCCCAGCAGCUGCAGAUUCAGGUGGAAAGAUUGAUGGAAAAUGAAGCCGACAUGGACCGCAGCUUUAAGCUGCCGUCAACGACAUUCAUCGGAGGCAAGGAGAAGUCGUUGCCGCUGAGAGAGAUUCUCCGCCGCCUGGAACAGACGUACUGCCGACACAUCGGAGUGGAGUUCAUGUUCAUCAAUUCCCUAGAGCAGUGCAACUGGAUCAGACAGAAGCUGGAGACUCCCGGCAUCAUGGAGGUUACAAAGGACGAGAAACGACUGUUGUUGGCUCGACUCACUAGGGCUACCGGAUUUGAAGCGUUCCUCGCCCGUAAGUGGUCCAGCGAGAAGAGGUUUGGUCUGGAAGGCUGUGAGAUCCUCAUCCCAGCCAUGAAGCAAGUGAUUGACAAGUCUACAGAGCUGGGAGUGGAGAGUGUAGUGAUGGGAAUGCCUCACCGUGGCCGACUGAACGUGUUGGCCAACGUGUGCCGCAAGCCAUUGGAGCAGAUCUUCACACAGUUUGCUGCUUUGGAGGCUGCCGACGAUGGUUCAGGAGACGUCAAGUACCACUUGGGAACGUACAUUGAGCGUCUGAACCGUGUGACCAACAAGAACAUUCGUCUGGCCGUGGUGGCCAACCCGUCACAUCUAGAGGCUGUAGACCCUAUUGUGCAGGGCAAGACACGGGCCGAGCAGUUCUACAGGGGCGAUGGCGAGGGAAAGAAGGUGAUGUCCAUCCUCCUCCACGGAGACGCAGCGUUCUGUGGCCAAGGAGUGGUGUUUGAGACAUUCCACUUGUCUGAUCUGCCUGACUACACGACUCACGGCACAGUGCACAUUGUGGCCAACAACCAGAUUGGCUUCACCACUGACCCCAGACACUCGCGAUCAUCACCUUACUGCACUGACGUGGCUCGUGUGGUGAACGCCCCCAUCUUCCACGUCAACGGAGACGACCCCGAGGCUGUGAUGCAUGUGUGCAACGUGGCCGCCGAGUGGCGUAACACCUUCCACAAGGAUGUCGUCAUCGACAUCGUCAGCUACCGACGUAAUGGCCACAACGAGAUUGACGAGCCAAUGUUUACACAGCCGCUCAUGUACAGCAUCAUCAAGAAGACACCCAAUGUCCUGGAGAAAUACUCCAGUCAGCUGGUCAACGAGGGCGUGGUGUCUGAGGAUGAGGUCAAGGACGUAAAGGAGAAGUAUGACAAGAUCUGUGAGGAGGCGUACAGCAACGCCCGCAAAGAGACCCACAUCAAGUACAAGGACUGGCUCGACUCUCCCUGGUCUGGCUUCUUUGAGGGCAAGGACCCUCUGAUGGUGUCUCCCACGGGAGUCAAGGAAGACACUUUGGUGCACAUCGGCAAACGGUUCUCCUCUCCCCCACCCAACGCUGCUGAGUUCGUCAUCCACAAGGGUAUCGAGCGUAUCUUGAAGGCGCGUAUGCAGAUGGUGGAGUCGCGCACAGUUGACUGGGCGUUGGCCGAGGCUAUGGCGUUCGGCUCCCUGCUCAAGGAGGGGAUCCAUGUCCGACUGAGUGGACAAGACGUAGAGAGAGGCACAUUCUCACAUCGACAUCAUGUGCUACAUCAUCAGCAUGUUGACAAAGCCACCUACAGACCUCUAAGUGCGUUGUACCCUGACCAAGCCCCUUACACUGUGUGCAACAGUUCUCUCUCAGAAUACGGAGUCCUGGGUUUUGAGCUGGGUUUCUCCAUGACCAACCCCAACGCGUUGGUGUGCUGGGAGGCUCAAUUUGGUGACUUCAACAACACAGCUCAGUGCAUCAUUGAUCAGUUCAUCUCCUCAGGCCAAGCCAAGUGGGUGAGACAGUCUGGACUGGUCAUGCUGCAGCCUCAUGGACUUGAAGGCAUGGGCCCUGAACACUCAUCUGCCAGAUUGGAACGUUUCUUGCAGAUGAGUGCUGACGACCCCGACUACUUCCCUCCCGAGAGUGAGGAGUUCGCUGUCCGACAACUCCACGACAUCAACUGGAUUGUAGCCAACUGCUCCACUCCGGCCAACUACUUCCACAUCUUGCGCAGACAGAUCGCGCUGCCGUUCCGCAAACCACUGAUCCUGAUGACUCCGAAGUCCCUGCUGCGACAUCCCGAGGCCAAGUCUAGCUUUGACUUGAUGACCGAGAACACCCAGUUCCUCAGAGUGAUCCCUGAUGAAGGACCAGCGGCCGAGAAUGCAAACUCUGUCAAGAAGCUGGUGUUCUGCUGUGGCAAGGUGUACUACGACCUGAAGAAGGCGAGGGAUGAGAGGAAACUGAGCGACACUGUCGCCAUCGCCAGGGUUGAACAGAUCUCUCCGUUCCCCUAUGACUUGGUGAAGAAGGAGUGCGCCAAGUACCCCAACGCUCAGUUGUGCUGGAGUCAGGAGGAACACAAGAACCAAGGCUGCUGGACCUACAUCCAGCCCAGGUUCCACACUGCUCUCAACGGAGUACGCAACAUUGUGUACGCAGGACGACCAACCGCAGCCUCCCCGGCCACUGGUAGCAAGAUGCAACACAUGCGGGAGUUGGCUGCACUGAUCGAUGACACCUUGUCUACCUAAACCAUUACUAUUCCAACGUACGACUUGUUUCAAAUUUUAGUGUAAUUGAUAAAAGAAAAACGAAAGCUAUCAAGUUAAUACACCACUAUUCGUGAUAGUAGAUGUAGUUUUCACACACAAAUCCCCAAUGUUUCGGUUACGGCUAUUUUGGAAAAGUGGUCCCGAAAUGAAAAAUUACGCUUCAGUAUUGAACGGUCUUGGUCGCAACAAGUGACCUCUUGAGUUGUUGUAUUUUUUCAGUAUACAUUAUGUGCAUAAUAUUUAUUUUGUUUUUUAUCGUUUAAUUGUAGUUAUGUAAAAUAUGAUUGUGUACAUAAAUGUAAGUUACAUUUUGAGGUGCGAAUGAAUGUAAUUUUUGUAAGAGCUGUUGAAAUUUUAAAAUUGUUUGGUUAAAUAUUUUGUUGUGAUGUAACGAGUAUGUGAAAUGUCAGGGAUGGGGUUAUGUAUUCUCUUUCCCAUAUUUUAUCUGAUCAAACCAUCACAUAUACCGGUUUGAGGGUUACUAAAAUUCCGAUUUAGUUGUUUUAGCCGCGUUUGUAAUGUUAAGUUCAAUUCACAGCUAACAAUUUAGCAGGAAUCUCUAAGCUCUGUCUGUGUUACCGAUAUUCCUUGUUUAGUUGCACCUCGGAGCAGAGUGCACAUAUUUUAGUUGUAUUUAAUUCUAGGUAAUGACUGGUAUUAUUUGCUCUAAAAAUUAAUAUAUUUUGUUAAUAGUUUAAAAUUUCAGCUGUUACUCAAAAUCAUGUUAUAGUUUUAAGCAAUAAAGUUAUUAUUUAUGUA